AGAAAACUUGCUGCUUUGUUUAUACUUGUUGCAAUGACGACCAUCACUGAAUUGAAAUGCGCCGUGAGAGAAACGCUGGAGUCCCGCGGAGUGCUGGGCCAACUGAAGGCUCGCAUCCGGGCAGAAGUGUUCGAUGCCCUCGAUGACCAACGCGAACAGCGCCCGCCGCUGUCCCACGAAAAUCUGCUCAUCAACGAGCUCAUCCGGGAGUACUUGGUGUUCAACAAGUACCGACACACGGCAUCGGUUCUGACAGCAGAGUCGGGCCAGCCCCAAGUUCCCCUGGACAGAAAGUUUCUGGCGAGCGAGCUGAGAGUUGCUGAGGAUAUGAGCUCCAAGUCGGUGCCUCUUUUGUAUGGUUUGGUGUCGCACUUCCUGAAUAGCAGUGAUGAUGGAAGGACGGUGUUCCUAAGGGGCACUUCUCUCCCCGGAGGCCCCACUGCAAGCAACACAGGACACGUAGCUGACGGGUAACACAUGAAGCAAAGCACAGUGGACCAAAAAUGUGCCAAUGGCAUGUGGUGGGACUCACCCCAUCAAUCAUCAUCAUUUUUUUAUUAUUUAUGAGCAUAGAGCUCAUAAGUUGUGCGUUGUGCAUUUGCAACUAAUUUUUUUUUGUUUUAUAUUGUUUUGAUUAUUUUUGCAUUUGUUCGGCUGCUUCCUUCAUUUUUUUCCAUUUUAUUCGUUAUUGUAUUUAAAAUAAAUAUUUACUUAAGCCAUUCAAAUCCAUAGGUUGGUAAGAAUGCACUAUAUUUACUCCGUUACAGUUACUCAAGUAACAUUUGGGAUGAAUUGUAUUUGUCAGUGUAAUUUUAAUGCUUCAUACAUUUUCUUUUUCCUUCAGUAUUUAUGUUCAGAAGAAACUGUACUUUACCCCAUUACAAUAAUCUACAUGCCCAUUGCUACUUUUAUUGAUCAAUUAUUGCUCAUUUAUCAAUGAAUGCGUACACGAUCUAUUUGUUUAGACAUCAUCUUCGACUUCUGCAUUGGUUGCAUUUGCGCCAAUCCAAUGAACCACUAGUGACGUUUGACUCCAGUUCACCAAUCAAACAGCACAAGGCAGUCGCAUGCCCGCACACAACAUCUUCUAUUGUGCUUCGCGGGCCUGCCAAAGUGACUCUCGUGUGACUUGUUUACAUUUCAGACCACGAAAAACAACAGCUUUGUCAUGCAGUUUAGUCUUGUUUCUGUCCAACCUUGGACAUUUUAGAUAUUUUUGUUCUUUUGUCCAUAUGGCAACAAUAGCCCUAUUUUAUGGUCAUAAGUAACUGUAAAACAUGGAGCUUUCGGGGUGCGUGCUAUAGUCUGUCUCGCUUGCACGCAUGGACGCACGCACACGCAGUCUGUCUAUCUUCCACACAGCAAGGAAACCCCCACCAUACACAAUACGGCUGGAUGGAGUCCACGAAAGAAAAUACAAAUUAGAUGUUUUUUUAACCUUCACACCGUGGUAAAAAAAAAUAUAUUAUUUUUUUUCGAGUGUAGUGCAAGUACCAUAAAAAAAUAUCCACUAAAAAGCUUAUACUUUAGCAAUAAAUCUGGUCAACAAGCAGCUUCUUCAUUCAGUCAUUUCAGUGAAUAAAGCAAAUAAAGUUUCUGUAAGGCCCUAUGCGUGUUCUUGCUUUUUGGGCAUUUGAAAUGGUCAUAGUCAAUCCCACCACACUGCAGUUGAACAGCCGUGUUCACGGCCCUUGUCCUGCAUGCUUCUUCUCCUGUCCUUGUCCUGUUCUAUCUUGUCCUCUCCUACCCUCACAGAGUGUAGCACUACAGCCCCAUACAACACUCAUAGCUAAUGUUUCAUUGUUGUAGUAUGUAAUGAUUUACUUUUCUCAUCCUGUUUAAAAUUAGUGCUUUGUCUUUUGUCUUAGUUUCUCUCUCCACUCUAGAACUUGGUUCUGUUUGACUGACUGACUGACUCUGAUGCUCAAUAGACAUGAAUUAUAAUACUAAGAAAUCACAGCGGCAGCUUAAAAACUCCAGUGUGACACAGUAAAACUGUUCCGGCAUAAAAGGGAUGCAGAUUCUCCAUUUGAACAGGGGUUAUUAGACUUUUUAUGUCCACCGUAGCUUUGUUCCUGUUUUGCAAUCGCUGCCUGGUGAGCCUGUACUUUUUACAAGUGGAAACAAAAUUGUGUAUGACCAUUCUCCUUAAUUUGUUAUUUUAUAAAGAUUUUAUUCAUAGUUUAUUUUAUAAAUAUAUUGUUUAUUAUGUUAUAGAUUAAGUGAUAGUGUUCGGAAAUAUUUGAAUUUGCACCUUUUAUUUAGUUUUUUACAUUUUGACUCAUGCUAUUAUUUUUUUUAAAUAAAUCAGAUGUUACCAGUUA